AUGGGUAGCAAAAGGAAGCGUUCAGCUCAAGAUGCUGCAGCUGCAGCCCCUGCUGCCAAAAAACAACAAAAAGACUCCAAGUCAGCGACCAAGAAGCCAGCAGAAGCUCCUGCUCCUCUCGACACAUCCCCGUUUGUCAACAACCCAAAAGGAGACGAACUAAAGCGUGAAGUCAAGCUAUAUGACAUGCUCAGUAGUGAGGAUGAUUCGCAGAGACUUGAUGCCGCCAAUGCCAUCGUUUCCGGUUUAUUGGGAGAAAAUGGAGUCGAGGAAUCAACACUACAAAGGCACUUGGAGAGAAGAUUGUUUCGGGGACUUGCAAGCGGCAGAAAGGGUGCGCGAUUGGGCUUCAGCAUUGUUCUUUCAGAACUCUUGGCACAACUCUUUGGUGCUGCGAACUUGAGUGCGACAAAAUAUCCUGGAUUGACCUUUGAUAACGUCUUCGAAUUUUUAAUCCUCAAGACAAAACCAGAGGGUGAUCUGAGCGGACAGGAACAGAAGGAUCAUGCGCUUGGCUUGUUAUUUGGACUACAAUGCUUUGUUAGGUCCAAAAUCCUCUUUUCGAUUGACGGGAAAUGGGAAUUGGUUUUAGACAAGCUGUUGGAGUUAUCCAGCAAAAAGUCCUGGACUCGGGAAGAAUGCGGUUGGGUGAUUAUGGAAGCUUUGGAGCAGAUGGAUCAGGAUCAAGCAGAAUCGACUUUGAGUAAAUUGUGCGAUGCUGGAUUGGGACUUUCACCAGAAGGUGUCGGUAUCUGGCUUAGAGCAAGGGAUAAGUUCCCAAAAAUGAAGUUUCCAAGCAAGCCUUGGGGCCAAAGUGGUAACCCAUUGGAGCAUCUUAAUUCCCUUGCCAAAGCUCUCAAAGAAAGUUCAUCUAGUGAGGAAAGUUCAGGUAAAGGACAACAGGCUAAGCAGACGGGAACUUGGAAUCCAAAGUUACAUUUUGUCUGGGACAUUGUCUUGAGUCAAUAUGUCAAGGCAGCUAAUAGCAAGGCGAAGAACAUUAUGUCUGAAUUCGACAAAUUCUGGAAGGUCACUGUUGAUGUUGAAGAAAACCCUGAAGCGUUAGUUGUUGUUCUUCAAGGAUUGAUUGAUGGCAAUGGCGCAUACAGUUUUGACCGAGUCACCAAGACAAAGACGAUAGAGAAGCUUCUGAGCAUGGUUGAUGAUACAAAUGGUGAAGCUGUCCUCGAUGUUCUUACCUCGCCAGUUUUAGUUGUGCCAAGCUCAGAAACCAAUGACGCCGAAAAAAGUCGACAAAUGUUCGGUGAUUACGUAUUAACUGCAAUUCGUCAUGUUGAUGUUGCAGAAGCAUCAGAAAAGUCAAGUUGGAUCAAAACUGCCGCGUUACCUCAACUUGCAUCAUUGGCAUACUCGAACAACCCAGAAGCCAAACCUCCCAUCUCUGAAGGCACUCGAACAUUGAUCAGGAACCGAUUGACCUCUGCUUUUACCCACUUAUUAUCUAACAUGGAUGGCUAUCAUUACCCUUGCGAUUUAGUCAUUUCCUGUGAACCUGAUGCAGUUGCUAUGGACGGGCUCAUCACCAGUGCUAAAGACGGUGCAUUCGCUACAUUACAGAAGCUCAUGAAGAAAGCAAAGAAAGAGGGAGGAAAGGACAAGGCAACAUACCAAACCCUUGUCACUGUUAUACGCUUUGGUCAUCUUCCAAUUGUACAAUGGCGACGUUGA